AUGGCCGCGACGCCAUUCCAGGUCGAAGCCUGGACGGAGUACGCCAUCGGCAUGACUGUUCUGCUCAGUCGGAUUGCCUACAGGAUACAUCUCGUGGGAUGGAACUGGCAUGGGGAUGACUACUUCGCCCUUGCGGCCGCCAUUUUCUUCACAGGGGAAACGGCCAUGCUUGAGAUGAUAGGAAAAUGGGGAUCUAUUGUGGGCAUGACCGACGACAAGGCCCUGUCCCUAACACACGCAGAGAAGGAACGCAUCGUCAAGGGCUCCAAAGCCGACAUGGCCGGAUGGUGUCUCUACAUCACGCUCAUAUGGUGCCUGAAAGCGUGCAUGCUCUUCUUCUACCGCAGGCUUACACUGGAAACUCGGCAGAGACGCCUCGUCAUUAUAGCUGCCGUUGCUUGCGUCUUCUCCUAUAUGGCUACGAUUGGAGUCGUUCUGCUACGGUGCCUGCCGUUUCACAAAAACUGGCAAAUCUACCCAUAUCCCGGUGCCGGCCCAGACCAUUGUGGCAGUCCGAAUCAAAUAUUUUUCACCUUGGUCGCGACGAAUGUGUCCACGGAUUUACUCAUCCUGUACAUCCCGCUACCACUCCUGUGGAUUGUGCGACUUCCAUGGUCCAAGAAACUGGUCUAUGGGCUUUGGCUCACGACCGGUAUGUUUGUCAUUAUUGCAAGUCUCUUGCGAUGCGUCUUGUCUAUAAAGGAUGCAACCAAGGUAGACGUUUCAACCAUAUGGGCAAUUCGCGAAACAUUUGUGGGCAUCAUAUCUGUCAACGCGCCGAUAUUAGGACCGUGGAUUAUCAGGAAAUGCACAAACAUGGUCCACAGCAUAUCUUCCAAGGACCAGUCCAAGAGCGACGUCGGGAACCGGGGGGUUUCCAUAGUCACCAUUGGUCGCCAAAACCACCGGCUUGAGCGACGGAAUUGGGGUGGCCAGAAACACGAACCUCCGGGCUGGACGACAAUCAACGACAGUGAGGAGUACAUUAUGGAUAAUCCGGUACAACAGUACAACAGCAACGGAGCACCGUCUUCUCAUGCUACGUCUUUGGCUGCAUUUCAACAAGUCUGA